AUGCAAGAGACCGAACACAUAGCCCUAAACCCUCCGGAGCCUAUGCCUGUAGACCCUCACGAAGUGAUCCGCUCUCGUCCAACUCGAAUAUAUACCGCAGGAUCAAAGGGCCCUGAUAAGUUGAAGAGGUUUCUCGAGAAUGACCGGAAAGUAUUGCGAUUUUACUGCAUAUGGGACGACCGGGAUAGCAUGUUUGGGGAGCUGCGAGAAUUUGUCCUCCACUAUUACCUCGUCGACGACAGCGUAGAGGUCCGUGAGGUGCAAAAGCCUAACAAUGGUCGUGAUCCAUUUCCUAUUCUGUUGAGGCGACAACAAUUACCCAAGGCCUUCAAAGAUCUGUCUGAUGUCAGCGAUACAGCCAAAUACACCUGGAAAGACUUCCGCGUAGGCAAUGUCAUCAACGUACUGGGACGACCCUUCCUCAUUCGAGACUGCGAUGACUACACACGUAAAUUCUAUGCAGAGCACCUGAAUCUUGCUCCCAACGACAUGAAACCUUUGGAUCUCAAGCUAGACAAAACCGACAAAGACGUGGAGGAAAUACCUCCAUACAACGGUUUUGGUUCUGUGGAAGACUCUCUUGGAUCCGUCAAGUAUCUUGUACUAAAGCCUCCGAAGAAAGACUUCAUAAAAAUGCUCGAAAACGAGCACAAGGUGCUACGCUUUGUUGCCAAAAUGGGCUCCAAGCAUAAAGAAGACCGUGAUCGUCGUUUUGUUAUUACUUAUCGUCUCGCCGAUGAUAUGAUGACUAUCUACGAGCCCCCUCAAAGAAAUGCGGGAGUUAUUGGCGGAAAGUUCAUGGAGCGCACUCGUGUUCUUCUUCCUGGCUCGUCCUUGUCAGAUCCGCGCGGUCCGCGAUAUUACACUGCAAAAGAUCUCUAUGUUGGUGCUACUGUUACAGUCUUCGCUCAUCGCUUUAUUCUGCUGGAUGCCGAUGAAUAUGUCUUCAACUAUAUGGAAAAAGACCCGGCAUCGUUUCCCCAGAGCGACUGUGGACGGAUUCUUACAAGAGCGCGUUCUUUAAUCAAACAGUGUGGUGGGGAUGCCGCAAAAAAGCAAGUUGAAGAUGUAUGUGCCCGUGAAGACGCUACCGGCUCGGGAAGAUGUGCACGGCAAACUCUCGUCGCAGCGGGUCGAGAAAUCUGGGGUAUCGACUUGAGUGACCAUGAAAUUAUUACGCUCGCGCGUCAGUUUGAAGAUUCACAACGUCAGGUAGACUAUAAGCGGCUUGUAGCUGCUCUUUGA